AUGUCGCACUCUAUUCAAAUGCCUUGCCAAAACUCAGACGUGGCCGCGGCCACUUCGGCGGUGGAGACGAACUCUUCGCUGAGUAUUGCUAAUAACGUAGCCGUCGACGGCCCCAGAGCCGCUGCCGCAUCGCUCAGCACUUCGUCAGCGUUUUCUGCGAUGCGCAGUGUUGCCUCAUGUGAUGUGGUGCGCGUCUGUGUGGAUGCUGCUGGCGACGCCGCCCCCUCAGAUGACGCCUCACCCUUCACUAACGCUCUCCUGUUGUCGGGCGACUCAACCCCGUGCGCAGGUUCAUCGAUGACGAAGACGGUGGCCAGUUUGCCGAACGUGGCGAGCCUUAACAGCAGCAGCGUCAUCGGUCCUGGUGAGAUGCUGAACCUGCACGCCGAGCACGCCAACAUGGCGACGACGACCUUCUUUUCCCCCAAGAGGAAGGGCACAGAGAGAAUAAUGACACCAGCAGACAAAGAGACCCAUCCACUAUCACUUUUGGAACCGCUGCGAGUUACUCAGAUUGACGGCAGUGGCAAUCAGGUGCAACAUGCUGGCGGGGCGGACGUUCUUGCGCAGGAUCAACCCGAUGCGCCUCCCUCUUCUCCCUUGCUGGAAAAGGGAGGCUUCCGCACGUCUUCCGGCAGAAACAGCGGCGACCGGCAGUCUCAUCAUCUUCAGAGCGACACGCCAGGUCAUAUGCAGCUCACACAGAUGACGUGCUACCAGUCCCCAUUUGGCUCUGCGGUAAGCCUCGGGGAGCAGCAGAGUGGCAAUGGCGUCGGUGCUCAGUGGACUGUUGCGCUGGAGAGUAGGCCGGCAGCUGGGUCUGCACAACCAACUGUGGCCAAUCGUAAUCUUGCUGCUGAGGUCAGUGCAGGCAGGAUGGUCACUGCGACGCAGUCUCCACCAGCGGAUGCGCGUGCUGUUGCGUCUAUAGCGUCAGCCAGCGACAGCAGUGGCAUUGUCGCGGCAGCUGCGACCGACGUUGCCGCCUCUACCAGUCAUGAAUUUCAAGUCCUGGCGACGGUCCCAGCGCUGCUAGUCGGACAAGUGCCGGUGCGCAUUCACUGGUGCUGCGCGGCUCACUGGCGUGCAGUGCAGCGCACCGAACGGGGGGCUCAGUGGCCCGUCGAUGGCGCCCACGCGGAUGUGUAUUGCGUGCCAGCCCACCUGCACGCGAAGCAGGAGCGGCGGAGCUUGUCAGCCUCUUGCGCGGAGACUACGUCUGAGGUGGGGAGGCGCGGCGGGGUUGUUUUACGUGCAGGCGAGGGCACCCGGUGGCUCAGUGAAUCGGAGGGUGCGGUGGCAUCAAAACACUUGGAGGUGCAGACCUUUCCGCCAUCUAUUUCUCUGCCCACCUCUGCGUUGUGUGUCACCAGUCACGAUUCCACCGAGCGCGAGAAACAAGGCUCGCUUCAGACCCGCUCGAGCUUGCCGCACGUGCACAGCCAAAACUGCGCUGAUAUGCCUACGUGCGAGUUCUGCGGCCGAGUAGUCGACACGUACGACUGUGAGGGCGAUGACAGUGAGGCAGCGGAGAUGCGCAUGUCGACGGUUGGUAUGGGGCGGUUGUGCUGCACCCCGUCUCACUCGUUGCAAGACUGUCGUAGCUCUGCUUCGGCAAGAGCGCUGGCGCAAUCCUCUUUCAGAUCUGUGGGGUGCAGGCCAGACCAACCGAGCAUAUAUUCGCCGCGAAUGCUGUCGUCCUCUGAGUCGGCAGCGACGUCAGUGGACUCGGAGAUGAGCGGCGCCAUCUCACCCUUCGAUGUGCAGCUGUUGUCUGACAACGCGCGUGAUGAGGCGCUGAUGGCAGCGGUCGCACUACUCCAGUAA